AACUCACCAUGCCUCAUGGGACCCUUUGCAGGUGACAGGGGCCCCCAAAGGCCAGACAAGCCCCACUAUGGCUCCAUCUCCAGCCCACCCACUGCAGGGCCGCAGCAAGCGCCUCCUGGAGCCACCUACCUGAGCGAGAAGAUCCCCAUCCCAGAUGCACAACCGGGCACGUUCAGCCUGAGGAAGCUGUGGGCCUUCACGGGGCCCGGUUUCCUCAUGAGCAUCGCUUUCCUGGACCCCGGAAAUAUCGAGUCGGACCUGCAGGCUGGCGCUGUGGCUGGAUUCAAACUGCUCUGGGUGCUGCUAUGGGCCACCGUGCUGGGUUUGCUCUGCCAGCGGCUUGCUGCCCGGCUGGGCGUGGUGACGGGCAAGGACUUGGGCGAGGUCUGCCAUCUCUACUACCCUAAGGUGCCCCGCACUCUCCUCUGGCUGACCAUCGAGCUGGCCAUCGUGGGCUCAGACAUGCAGGAGGUCAUCGGCACAGCCAUAGCGUUCGGUCUGCUCUCGGCUGGGAGAAUCCCUCUCUGGGGUGGCGUCCUCAUCACCAUCGUGGACACUUUCUUCUUCCUUUUCCUGGAUAGCUACGGGUUGCGGAAGCUGGAAGCCUUUUUUGGAUUCCUUAUUACCAUUAUGGCCUUGACCUUCGGCUAUGAGUACGUGGUGGCUCGUCCGGAUCAGGGAGCGCUCCUGCGAGGCCUGUUCCUGCCCUUGUGCCCCGGCUGCGGCCAGCCCGAGUUGCUGCAGGCCGUGGGCAUCGUUGGCGCCAUCAUCAUGCCCCACAACAUCUACCUGCACUCGGCCCUGGUCAAGUCUCGAGACAUAGACCGGACCCGAAGGGCCGACAUCCAAGAGGCCAACAUGUACUUCCUGAUCGAGGCCGCCAUCGCUCUCUCUGUCUCCUUCUUCAUCAACCUCUUUGUCGUGGCCGUCUUCGGGCAGGCCUUCUACCAGCAAACCAACCAGGCUGCGUUCAACGUCUGUGCCAACAGUAGCCUCCACGACUAUGCCAAGAUCUUCCCCAGGAACAACCGCACAGUGAACGUGGACAUUUACCAAGGAGGUGUGAUCUUGGGCUGCAUCUUUGGCCCCGCAGCCCUCUACAUCUGGGCGGUGGGUAUCCUGGCUGCCGGGCAGAGCUCCACCAUGACUGGCACCUACGCGGGACAAUUUGUGAUGGAGGGUUUCCUGAAGCUGCGGUGGCCGCGCUUUGCCCGCGUCCUCCUCACUCGCUCCUGCGCCAUCCUGCCCACAGUGCUCGUGGCCAUCUUCAGGGACCUGAGAGACCUGUCAGGCCUCAAUGACCUGCUCAACGUGCUGCAGAGCCUGCUGCUUCCCUUCGCCGUGCUGCCCAUUCUCACGUUCACCAGCAUGCCCGCCCUCAUGCAGGAGUUUGCCAAUGGCUGGCUAAGCAAGGCCAUCACGUCUUCCAUCAUGGCCCUGAUCUGUGCCAUCAACCUCUACUUCGUGGUCAGCUACCUGCCCAGCCUCCCCCACCCCGCCUACUUCAGCCUUGUAGCCCUGCUGGCCGUGGCCUACCUGGGCCUCACCACCUACCUGGUCUGGACCUGUUCCAUUGCCCACGGAGCCACCCUGUUGGCCCACAGCUCCCACCAACACUUCUUGUACGGGCUUCCUGAGGAAGAGAAGAAGAGGGAGCCUUCUGCGUGAACUCUCCCCUGUGCCUGGCUGGGGGGUGGAAUAAGUGGGGCAGAUGGGCCCGCUGCACGUGGAGGACAGUGGAGUGAGAGGGAGUUUUGGAGGCAGGCCCACCGGGGUUCCAUAGGGACCUGCUGUUUCCUAGCUUAGACAGGUUUUUGUCCUCAUCUGCAAAAUGGGACAAUACCAACCUCGCAAUGGACAUAAAGCCCUUGCACACUGUGCCCAACACUGGGCCUUCAUUUUUUUUUUUUUUUUUCAAAAAUAUUUAUUGAGCACCUAAAGGAGUGCCCUAACAGAUCCAGUUCUGGGGCAGGGAACAGGCUCCAACUGGCAAUUAAAAGAGUCCGAUGAAUGCUAAA